CUUUCAAGUAUAAAUCCAACAAUACAUUAAUCUUAUAUUGAAUUAGUAUUGGAUUUGCGAGUUGGUGAAAGUAAAAUUAAUAAAAUAUUUGAAUCUUUCACUUAAUGCAGCAAAACAAUUCUAUGAUUGUCAAUUGUCAUGUGCUUUUUUUUUGAUGUGUCUGUCAAAUUACCGUAACCAGUAUCUAUUUCAUCCCUAUUUAUAUAACUUUUCAUUUAUACAACUAGUAUCUAUCAUCAGAAACCAUGUUUAACAAUCAGGUAUUCAGAAAAUGUCUCGUACCAGUGGCACUUGCUGCUGUAACUGUAGAAGCGAAAGAAAAAAACGUUUCCAAUAUCGAAAACGAACAGAAACUAUGCAGACCUAGUGAACUACCUCUUUACACUCCAGACCCACAGAGUCGUACCCACACAAUUGAAGAACAACAGUUACCGUCAAAAUUGGAAGAAACUAUUAAGACAGUGAGAUUAAAACUAACCGAAAUCAACGCAGAAGCUCAAGCUUACAAAAGAGUCGGCUUAAAUCAAUUUGAGAAGAGAAAAGAAGACUUUGACUGGGUUAUAAAUUAUUUAAGACAAGAAGAUAAUACUUUGCCCAAGGUUGGUGCCAUAGGUAUUGGAGCUUUAACUGGAUUAAUAUUUGGACUGAGAGGCGGAUUAUUUAAAAAAACAUUAUAUAUGACAACGGGUGCUUUAGGAAUGUCGGCUGUAUGCUAUCCAAAGGAAGCAUCUGAAUAUUCCAAAGUAGGAAUGACUGAAGCUAAAAAAUAUACAGUUAUAGCAUAUAAUUUCGUAAACGGGGUUAAAAAAGAUGAUCCUGCGUUAGAUUUACCUUCUUUACCGAAAUUACCCACAAGUUUUACUAAUGCUUGGGAUUCGAUCAAAACAACUGCUACAUCGUUUAUAUCAGAAGGAGGAGAACAGAAUAUUAAAGAUCAGGUAAUAGAAAAUCGAGUUGAAACUGAAGAAACCAAUGUAGAAGAUCCUCUCCCGAUAAUUCUCCAAUCCAAAAUAUUUCCUGACUAACCAAUAACUUUUUAUGUAUUAAAACUGGCAAAAUUAAAUAUUUUAAAUGAU